AUGAUGUGUUUCUUGAGUUUGUCGGGUGGCUAUGCAGGUCUUGAGUGCGAGUCGGAUGCCUGGAGCGACUUCACACCCGCCGCAAGCCCAGCCGGGCGCCAGGACGCUUCUAUGGUCUGGGACAGUGAGACUCAGUCUGCAUGGAUGUUCGGGGGCCAUGCCAGCAAUGCCUUCCUCUACUUUGCGGACCUCUGGCGCUACGACUGGCCUCGACGAGCUUGGACUGAGAUCCUGCCGUUGAGUGAAGGCCCCGCCCCCGGUGCCAGAUGGGGCCACGCAGCCGUGUGGCACGUGCAUUCCAGGUCUAUGCUGGUGUUUGGAGGCAAAUUCCAAGUCACAUUCUACGAUGACAUCUGGCAAUUUCGCAGCGAGGACGGCGCUUGGGGGCAAUUGCCUGCCCUGGGGAAGCCAUUGGCACGCGCCUACCACACCGCGAUCCUGGACCCCUCGGACAAUGCGGUGCUUGUCUUCGGAGGAGAGAGUGGUAGCCAGGUGCUGGAGGACCUCCAACGCUACAGUUUGGCCGACGGCCAGUGGAGCGAGUCUUUGACACCAGGGCCGGGAGCCCGCAGCCGGCACACCGCCGUUUGGGUGCCCACAACCCGGUCCAUGCUCGUUUUUGGCGGGUGGAGCGGGCAGCAGUAUCUGGAUGACUUGCAUAGCUACGACGCUUCGGCAGGCACCUGGGCCGAGGUGUCAGCCGCAGGAUAUUGGCCCACUGCUCGUGCUGGGCAUGCCGCCGCAUGGGACCCUGUUUCAAUGAGCAUGCUGGUCAUGGGCGGCAUCACCAAUGUAACCAGCGACCUCAGCUACGAUGCCUCCAUCUACAAUUACAGCCUCUUGACGAACUCUUGGAAGGAAGAGGGCUUGCAACGCCAGCUCUUAGGCCCAACCGGCCGUACCGGUCAUGGCAUUGUUUGGGACUACGCUUCUCGCGGCUUGCUGUGCUUCGGUGGCUUCAAUGCCUCCUACUUGCAGCAAACCUGGCGAUACGUGGUCAGUCAGACCAGCUCGCCCUUGCUGGUCAGCUGCCAGCAGGGCCGCAACUGUUCCUUCCGCUGGAAUGCUUCCGGCUCUGUUGCCGCGAAACGCACCUGCUCCGACCAGGAUAUCUUGGGAGGACUCCCCUCACCACUCUCGGAAGCGGAGGAGGAGGAUCUCUGGACGUUCGGAGUAAAUGCAUCCCCUUUCUUCACACAACCGGGUCAUCACCGCCUCUGCUGGUGUGAUGUCGUCAACUGCAGCCACCCCGACAACUUCAGCGUGACAGUGGGCUACUUUGUUCUGGAGGGCCCGCAGCUGCAGCAGUCCGCUCAAUGCUACCUAGGCAGAGACUGCACGAUUUCAGAGUGGCGAGGAGUCGGCAUCUCCGCGAACGACAGCGUCGUGAUGCAGAGCCGAUGCGGCGAAGGGCCGCGGCUCUCCUCUUCCACCUACUCCCAGCGCUCGGUCGGCGUCUCCUUCAACGAGUCCUACGGUUGGCACACCUUGCACGUGGGCUUCCUCGACCCAGCGGAGGGCCUCAAGCCGGAAGCUCUGGAGCUUUGCUGGUGCCCUGCUGCGGCGGCCCCUUGCGCUUCGGCGGAGGACUUCCUCGUGGUCGCGCUGAGCCUGGACGUGAUCUGCCCGCCCGGCGAGUACAGCGAAGGGCCCGGCUCUUCCUGCCUGCCCUGCCCGGCGAACUUCUUCUGCCCCGGCGGUUCGGAAUUGCAGAGCUGUCCGUCGUCGAGCACUUCGAUGCAGGGCUCAAGCCUGCUCUCCGACUGCCGGUGCCUUCGAGGGCGCUACUGGGAUGCAGAGAGCGCCAUCUGCCUGGCGUGCCCCGCUGGGUCUUCGACGUUGCAGGAGGGGGCCACCAGCCUGGCGUCCUGCACUUGCAUGCCGGGCUUCUUCGCGACGCAGCCCGACAAUCCGGCAGUUUGCGAAGCCUGCGGCGUGGGCUUCUUCUGUGCAGGGGGCCUGCAGACCCCGCAGCCGUGUGCGCCGUCCCAAACCACCGAGAGCGACACGUCAGCCAACAGAUCCCAGUGUGUUUGCAGGCCCGGCAGCUUCUUGGAAGACGGGCUUUGCGCCCUGUGUCCAGUUGGAUUUUUCAAGGGCAGCGUCGGAGACUUCCCGUGCUCGCCAUGUGGUACUGGCACGUUCAGCAACGGCACGGGAAGCACAGAGCCUUGCAGAUGCCAACAGGGCUAUGGUUUUGACGAGGAGAUCGCGCAGUGCAGACCAUGCCUUCCGGGCGAAUACAAAGCACUGGUAGGCGACACUCCGUGCAGCCGAUGCUCUACCAAUAAGACUUCUGUGGAGGGCGCCACAUCUCCCCUUGACUGUCGAUGCCGCUCAGGUCUUGCAGCAGAGGGUGAGAGCUGCCGAGACUGCCGAGAUGGCUUCUUCUGCCCGGGCCAGGGUGAAGAGCGGCGAUGCCAGGAUGAUGCCACCUCACGCAGGGGCUCCAUCCUGCAGGCAGAUUGCCUAUGCCUCCCAGGCUACUAUGCCCUUGAAGCUCAGGGCAUCUGUGAGCCUUGCCAACCUGGACGCUACAAGCCCACGCUGGCCAACGAUCCAUCUUGCCCAUUACAGUGCCCCACAAAUGGCCAGAGUGCCAAUGCGUCCACCAACUUAACAGAGUGCUUCUGCAUGCCAGGAUUUUACGCAGUGCUCGAUGAAGGAUCCCUCUCCAGGUGCGCCAGUUGUGCCUUCCUUCCUCAUGUGCAAUGCUUGGGUGGUUUUCACACUCAGGCGGGCAUCACUCAGUUGGGGAACCACAAGCUGCCUGUCGCUCGGCCGGGCUACUUCCAGACAGGAGUGACAAUCGCCGUGAAGUGCACGGCCGACACGUCCACUGGCCUUAGCGCUUGCCUCGGAGGGCAGCUAUGCGCGCAAGAUGACACGGUGGAAUGCUUCGGCAAGUAUAGCAACGCUUGCGACGAAGGCUCCACCGGGUUCUUUUGUGGAGAAUGCCCAGCUGGUUGGGCCAGGAGAGCCUUCCAGCAGCCAUGCGAACCGUGCGCUGCUGGUGCUGUUUUGCCACUGGUAGCCUCUGUCAUCAUCGAUGUUGGCACGAAGGCCACGAUCAACUUCGUGGUCGCGGCCAUGGCCGCAAUGGCAGCAGUCAGAGCCAGCAGCAAGCUCCACACGGUGAUGAUCCGUAUCGCCGUCCAGUGGCUGGCUGCUUGCUCCGUCCUGACGGCUUUCGACCUCACACAGAUUCCACUCGAGAAUGCGGAGACCCAGGGAGAUCAGGAAGAGUAUCCACUCUUUCCAUGGCCUGUGCAGGUCAGCGCAGCGAUGCGGGGCCUCUUCGAGACCCUCACGCUGACGCCGGUGCUGACAUCUGUUAACUCGGCCACACAGUGCUUUGCCCAGGAGCUUGCUCCUGACAGCACUGCCCCGCGCAUCGCCUUUGGAGUGUACCACCUCGCCUUACCUCUCUUGGUCAUGAUUGGCAUUCUUCUGCUCUCCUUCCUGGUGGUGCAUGUGGUUGUGCCUUUGGGGGAGCGUUUCGGCUUCUCCUUCAACGAGUCCGGACGUAGCAUGAACCAUCUGUGCAAGAUCAUAGACCCCAUGCUCAAAGAGAUAUUGCGCAAACCUGUCGCCGAAGCCUCCAUCACAACGUCGCGUACUUCUGACGCCUUCUCUUGGGCGGACUUGGAGCGCACGGGCACCUUGGGGAACCUCACCACGGCUCAGUUGCAGCAAGCGGCGGAGAACCCGGAUGGCUUCUUGCGCACAGCUGCAGCCGGGUCGCGAGAGCUCCUGGUCAGCGCCUGUGCAGCUCGUGCUGCCCAGCUGCAUCCGCAGGCCGAGGCCCAGGAGCUGUACCAAGAGCUGGCGAAGGCGGAUCUCCGACAAUUCCUGACCGCGGACUUCGCCACUCGGUCUCCGGAUUUUACGGCAAUGCUGGACAAGGUCUUGGAUGCGGCAUUCACCUUCGAUGAGGAGACCGUGCCCGUACCGAAGGAAGGCCCUGAGCAAGAAGAGGCUGACGAGCUCCGGCUCGUGGGCUCGGAGCACGCGCCUUGCGACGUUGUGGUCGCCUUGCCCACGGACGCAAUGCCAGAGAAGAAACCGGGGGAAAAGAGCACCUUCAGCUUUACAUCUUUGGAAAACCGAGCAAGCCUGAUGGACUCUCUAAAUUUCGGCCUCUUCUCGCCGGCACCUCGCUUCGUCGAGCUCGCAUACCAGAGCGUGCCCAUCCUUUGGGUGAGCCUGGUCUCUCUGUGGCCUGGGCUACUGUCCAGCUUCCUGCAGAUGAUCUGGUGCGUGUCAGUUCUGGAAGACGAUGUGCUGGUGAGCCGCCUGCUGCCCAACCCUUCCGUCGUUUGCUGGUCCGACGAGCACCUGGUUUCUGCGCGCUUCGCCAUCGCUGGGCUCGUCGUGUGGUGCCUGGGCAUACCGAUUGCGCUGGCCAUCGUCUUGUUUCGCCUCCCGGAUAGGCAGGCUCCUGACAACUUCAGGCGCUUUGGCUAUUUCUUCCAGGGCCUGGAGCGACAGUUUUGGUGGUGGGAUCUCCUCGUUAAGCGCUUCGCCGUGGCCUCAGACUUGGCGCUGAUGAUGCUCGUCGCCUACACUUCCGUCGUGCCGGAUCAGAAGGCCAAGCUCGCGCUCUUCCCCGUCCUCUCGGCCUUCCAGGCGCUGCUGGCAGCGUGGGUCCGGCCCUAUGCAAACGACCAGGCUGAGGUGCUGGACGUCUUGGAGGUGACGCUGUGCUCGAUCCGGUUUCUGCUCUUCAGCGGAGUGGCGCUGCUUCUCAGUCUGGAGGUGGCCUACCUCCUCUUGCUGGUCUUGGUGCUCGCCUGCCUUUACUUCUUCACCCACUUCACCGCCCAGGUCUGGCCAAGACACUAG